AUGACGUAACGGAAGUCCACGUCUUGAUGUAAUGUGUAGCAAGAGCAACAAGAGCUUGACAGUAAAUUAGUUGAAAGUCGACGAUUUCUACGCCAAGCACUGGAGAUAAAGCUAUCAAUUGCUGAUAAAACGUAAUUUCAACCAUGCCAGAGCCAGCGGAGAUGACCAGUCCAGAGGUGGCAAAGACGCCCGGGGGCAGCAGUGGGGGGCCUGGGGGCAAGGAGGAAGGGGUGGCCAAUGGCCUGAAGGAGGGGGACGCUAACCCCUUCGCUGAGUACAUGUGGAUGGAAAACGAGGAGGAGUACAACAGACAGGUGGAAGAGGAACUUCUGGAGCAGGAGUUUCUUGAUCGUUGUUUCCAGGAGAUGCUGGAGGAGGAGGACCAGGAUUGGUUCAUCCCGUCACGUGACCUCAACCCCGGGGUCGCGCAGAUCCAGCACCAGCUCAACGGUCUAUCGGUCGCCGACAGCAACCCGGCAGAUGUAGUGCGCAAGAGCAACUUGAACCCAGAAGCAAAGGAGUUUGUUCCCGGGAUGAAAUACUAGGGUCCCGCCACAAGGGGGCGCCUUCCUAAAGACUGUGUGGCUGCUGGCCCCCAGCAGCUGCCCCUACACCUGCCUGCUUUGAGGCUGGGUGGGGUAGAUGGGGAGGGGCUGGGGGGAGGGGCGGUGGUUGGGGUAGGGGCGGGGCGGGGUGGGGUGGGUGUAUACUCUUCAAUAAGCUUUUUAUUUCCGUUUUGUUCCCUUGUGGAGAACUGGGCAGGGAAGUGUGGGAGCAGGGGGUUGGAGGGGUGGGGAGGGGAUACAGGGAAUCAUUCAGUGUAAAGUGUUCCUAUUGGAUACAGGCAGCAGACAUUUAGGGUGGUUUAGAAGAGAGCUGAAGUUCAGUGUUUGAUUAUUUUUCCUCCUUGAUUGAGGGGGGACACCAUGCAGUGUGCGUCUCCAUGGUGAUGGUAUUUGAUUGUGGAUAGAGAUUUCGACCCUGAUCAGUGUUUUGCCGUUUCCUCUUCCUCUCGUUUUUUGGUUUUGCCGGGUUUUUUUGUUAGUUUUUUUCCUCUGCGAGGCUGGUUUUAUGGCGGGGAGUGUCAGGUGUGUGAUAGAGAAAGUAUUUGUUUGGCUCUGGGAGUGUGCGCGGGGUCGAGGCCUGAUGACUGGCGGAAGGACCCUGGCAUCUAUCGGCAGAAGUUACGGCAGGCAGCUUGGAACCUGUGAGGGAUUUCCGUCUAAACAAUUCUGUUGUUUCUUCGUUUUUGUUUUUUAAAAACCUGCGUUGAAAUCCUGUCAAAGUGUGCAACAUGCAUUAUCAAAAUGACGUCAAAAAAAGAGAAUGAAGAUGAUGAUGAUGAAAUAAAGAUCUGGUACCUUAUUGGUCACUCACUA